AUGAACUGCACAGCAGUGACAGAGUUCAUCCUCCUGGGCCUGACCAGCAACCGCUAUUUGGAGAUAGUCCUGUUCACGGUUCUCCUCAACAUCUUCCUCCUGAUCCUGCUGGGAAAUCUCACCGUCAUCACAAUCACCCUGGUCGACCGUCACCUUCAAACCCCCAUGUACUUCUUCCUCCGGAAUUUCUCCUUUCUGGAGAUCUCUUUCACCUCCACCUUCAUGCCCAGGACUCUCUACAGCCUCCUGAUGGAGAAGAAAGCUGUUUCCCCCCCAGCUUGUUUCAUUCAGUUAUUGUCAUUCUUUUACUUGGGCACAUGCGUGUGGUUCCAUGUGGCAAUGAUGUCCUUUGAUCGCUAUGUGGCCAUCUGCCGCCCCUUGCACUAUGCCAGUAUCAUGAAUAGCAAAUUCUGUGUCCAGCUGGUGUUGGGCUGCUGGGUGAUGGGUUUCCUCUUGAUUUCUCCCCCCACUCUUAUGAUUGUCCAAUUGCCAUUUUGUGGCCCAAACAUUAUAGACCACUUCUAUUGUGACACAGACCCCUUGCUCCAGCUCUCCUGCACUGACACGCAGCUCAUUGGAGUCACGUUGCUGGUUUCACUGGUAUUUAUCUUACUUGGCACUUUAUCAGUAACCAUCAUUUCCUAUGGCUGUAUCAUCACAACCAUCUUGCGUAUUCCAUCAUCCACGGGCAGGAAGAAAGCCUUCUCUACCUGCUCUGCUCACCUCCUUGUAGUCAGCAUUUUAUACAGCAGCUCCAUCUUCAGGUACAUCCGUCCAGCUCAGAGGGGCGGUCGGGAUUUUGACAAGACUGUUUCCUUUCUCUAUUCUGUGGUUACCCAACUGUUUAACCCCUACAUCUACACGCUGAGGAACAAGCAGGUCAAAAAGGCCCUAAGAAAUCUGUACUUCAGGGUCUUUUCUCACCGUAUUAGGGUAUCCUAA